AUGUUUCUGUCUCUUCCUACGUUGACUGUUCUUAUUCCACUGGUUUCUUUAGCAGGACUGUUCUACUCAGCCUCUGUGGAAGAAAACUUCCCACAGGGCUGCACUAGCACAGCCAGCCUUUGCUUUUACAGCCUGCUCUUGCCUGUUACCAUACCAGUGUAUGUAUUCUUCCACCUUUGGACUUGGAUGGGUAUUAAACUCUUCAGGCAUAAUUGAUGCAACUAGAGUCAAUAUGCUGUAUAUAUUAAUGAUAGUUCUUGGGCAUCGAUCUCUGAAAGCUCAAAUGGAUGGAAUUUAGUUUGCGGGAAAGAGGCUUUGCUUUGCGCAUAUCAGGCUUAGGACUGUGGGAAGCUUAAGUUGCAGAUGCUUCUUUUAUUGUACUCUUGUUCUGCCCUUGUUUUUUGAAGGCUCUGACUUAUAACUGCUGUAUCAGACGAAACAUUUUGACAGUGUCUUUUUGGACAUGAACAUCCCUAAUUGACUUGUGAUGACUUUCUUAUUCCAUUCAUCUAAGAGUCAUUGAAAUUUUGUUUUGCUUGUUUGUUUAGCUUCAAGGUCUUUGGUAAAGUCACAUGUUAGGGAUGACUGAAAUAAUUCCAAAGGAGUGAUGUUGGAAUAGUCCCUCUAAGGGAGAGAAAUGCAUUUGAACGAAUGUGAUAUAAAACCACAUAAUCAAAUAGAAACUUCAUGUACUUACAAAAAUUGAGUUUGUAAAAUUACCUUCAUUUCUUUGACAUUAAAUGCUUAUAUUAGCAAUAAAGAUGUUGACACUUUCCUAUAAAAAAUAAA